UCGAGAGAGAAAGAGUUCUCUGAUUAAAAUGGCGACACUGAGGUUAGUAACCCUAAGACUUCUCAAUGGAUCAUCGUCGCUAUCGCGAUGUCUCUUCCCUCGUACUCAAAUCUUCACAGUCCGAGCUUUCUCCGCCGCCAUGUCACCACCGUCCACGGCCGUAGUCUACGACCAACACGGCCCUCCCGAUUCCGUCACCAGAGUAACCGAGCUCCCGCCAGUUGAAAUCAAAGAAAACGAUGUGUGCGUUCGAAUGCUCGCUGCUCCUAUUAAUCCCUCUGAUAUUAAUCGAAUUGAAGGUGUCUACCCUGUGAGGCCACCAGUGCCAGCAGUUGGAGGGUAUGAGGGGGUUGGUGUGGUACACUCUAUGGGCGCAGCAGUUAAGAAUUUUUCCCCUGGCGAUUGGGUCAUCCCCUCUCCACCUUCUUCUGGGACAUGGCAGACAUAUGUCGUCAACGAACAGAAUAUGUGGCACAAAAUAGAUAAAGGCACUCCAAUAGAAUAUGCUGCCACGAUUACCGUCAAUCCAUUGAGUGCCCUGAGAAUGCUCGAGGACUUCAUGGAUCUAAAAGCAGGAGAUGCUAUUGUGCAAAAUGGGGCUACAAGCAUUGUGGGGCAGUGCCUCAUUCAACUUGCUCGAAUUCGCGGCAUCCAUAGCAUUAAUAUUAUAAGAGAUAGGGCUGGUUCAGAUGAAAUAAAAGAAACGCUCCAGAAGUUUGGUGCUGAUGAAGUGUUUACUGAGAGCCAACUGGAAUUGAAAAAUGUGAAAGGUCUCCUGGCUAAAAUCCCUGAACCUGCUUUGGGAUUUAACUGUGUUGGUGGGAAUCCUGCUUCUUUGGUUCUCAAAUUCUUGAGGCAGGGUGGAACUAUGGUAACAUAUGGUGGAAUGUCCAAGAAACCUAUUACUAUAUCAACGUCAUCUUUCAUAUUUAAGGACCUGUCCUUGAGGGGAUUCUGGUUGCAGAAAUGGAUGAGCUCAGAUAAAGCCAUACAGUGCAGAAAUAUGAUAGACUACCUUUUGGGCUUAGCACGCGAGGGGAAAUUGACAUAUGCGAUGGAGCUUGCACCUUUCAGUGACUUCCACAGUGCACUGGAUAAGGCACUCGGAAAGCAAGGAAGCCAACCAAAACAAGUAAUCAAAUUUUAGUUCUGGCGUGCCAGGGAGAAGGUUGGUUUCCUGUGUAUAUCGGGUACGUUAUUUUGUCUCAGAUAUGCAGAAUGGUGAUAGUAUUCAGUGAGGCCUCUUGAUGACCAUCUCAACAAAAUGACAUAUAUAGAAGAUACGUUUCACUUUGAAGAGCAGAAUAUCCGGUACUAUUCUUUCAUUUUGUACUUAUCAGGGAAGAUCUGUUACUCCUGGUUUUACAACUGAGAAAUUUCCAGUUGACAUUUCUGUCAAACCACUUGUGAAAAUAGAGCACUCAUUGCUUUGAUUUAUAAU